CGCUGAAUGGCCAAUCCGGCAGGCAAGGAUUAGUUAACAUUAUCCGUUUUGGCAACCGAUUCCAAGGGCCCCAUCGCUCAUGAUGUCUGGCUCUCAUCUUUCCAGAGCAGAAUAGUGUACGGUCUUCAGGAUGCGCGUCUGUCUUUUUCGUGGGCUUGCCGGCCCCCGAUCUACCCACCCCGCUGUCCGACGCUCCAUCUUGACGGCCGCAUCCGCCGGGCCCACCCCCGAGUCCUCGCAAGCCGAUGCCACGCAGCUCACACAACAACAACAUAACCCCCAACCCGAAGUUGCCCCCAAUUCUGAUUCCCCAGCCUCACCCCCAGCAGCAAACUCAACACCCACCCAACCGCCCCUAGUCUACCCCUCGGCGCCCUCCCCGCACCACACCGACCUUCGCUCCUUCCUCGCCCACGCCGCGCGCACCAACCUCUCCCCGACCUCGACCGUCUACGUCGGCACGCACUACGAGUACACGGCCAGCCUCGCGCUCGCACGCUACGGCCUCUCCCUCCGCCGCGUCGGCGGCGUCGCCGACGCCGGCAUCGACCUGCUGGGCACCUGGUCGCUCCCCACGCCCGUGCCCACCGACCCAGCGCGACAACAACACCACACGGUCCAGCUGCGGGUGCUGGCGCAGUGCAAGGCGGUGCAGCGGCCCGGGCCGCACCUGGUGCGGGAGCUGGAGGGCGCGUUCGCGGCCGCGCCGGCGGGGUGGCGGGGCCGGACCGGGGUCGUGGGGCUGCUGGUUGCAGAGAAGCCCGCGACGAGGGGGAUCCGGGAGGCGCUGGGGCGGAGCCGGUGGCCGAUGGGCUUUGUGGCCUGCUCGAGGGCCGGGAAGGUGGAGCAGUUCCUGUGGAAUCGGAGGGCGGAGGAGGAGGGGCUGGAAGGCUUGGGCGUGGGGACGAGAUACGCGUUGGAUGGGGAGAAAGAGCUGGUGUUGACCUGGAGAGGAAGGAAUUUGCCCUUCGUGGAGGGGGAAGCGGCAGAUGGGUGAGGGUGGCUAGGGGAUGUGUGCCAUCAGCGAUGAAUCGGUGGUCACGGCCGCACGGGGUUAGAGGUAACGCUUGGAGGCGACUCCAGACUGGGACGCGACGACCCACGACUACCUUGCGGUGGUA